UGCGUCGCUCCGGCCGUGGCCCGCUCGCGCGCGCUCUCCGCCGCUCAUGUCGGCGGCGUCGGUGACUCGCUUCUCAGGAAACUGCCCGGACGGUGUCGGCGACGAUCUGUCUUGUGCCGCGCGCUCGCGGCUGGCACGGGCGAAGGCCAUGGCCGUGUUGUGUCUGCGUCGGAUGCUCGGACAAGCGUCCUAGCGCGCCGUUGUCGUGUGUCGCGCUGCGCUGUCAAAGGCUGGAAAAGCGCGCGCGCGUGAGUGCUGCUUUGCGGUGUCGACUCGCGCGUGCACCGGUGGCUGUGCGUCGCGCGUCGUCCAGUCGUGCUUGGGCUGGUGGAGGUGCCGACGACAAAGGCCCUCCGGUGUGUGACAGUUCUGCGGACCUUGAGGCCUCCUCGACGCUGACACUUUCGUGUCGACCCUGCGUCGUCGUCUCCACUGUCCGAAGAGCGACAGACGAGCGAAAGGCCCGUGGCCAGAGCUGGCGGCGUGACGCCGUCGGGCGCUGACCGAGGGGCGCCAUGGGCAACCACGUGAUCGUGACGUCGCGCACCUUGCUGUGGACCUUGCUGACGGUGGCCACCGCGCUGUCCAUGCUGGCGGCCGUCAUUACGCCCACCUGGCUGGUGGGCGCCCCCAAGCGGCCGCUCAUCCGGGGACGGCUCUCCGGCGCCACCAUGCGGCCGCCGCAGCUCUACCGGCCCUCCAUCGGCCUGUACAAUAGGUGCGUGAAGCUGCACCAGAUCGACGAGCUGUUCACGGACAACUGCGCGCCAUUUGUGACGUCACUGUCGAUGCCGUCGGACGAGUUCCCGAGUCCGUGGAAGGCGUCGCUGGCGUUCUUCGCCAUCGGACUCGUGCUGAUGGCGAUGACUGUGCUGUCCGCCGUGCUCGGAUGCUGCGUCCAGAGCGUGCUCAAGAAGAGCAUCUUCACCGUUUCCGGCACUGUGCAGGCCGUCGCUGGAUUGAUGUUCCUGCUUGGGCUGCUGCUGUACCCAGCUGGCUGGGGCACUCGCAGAGUGCACACGGUGUGCGGCCCACACUCGGAACCCUUCAUGCUGGGAGGCUGCUCUUUAGGCUGGGCCUUCUACCUGGCCAUCGGGUCCACGCUGGUCACAUUCGUCUGUUCAGUGUUGUCUGUCCAAGCCGAGGUUUCCACGUCUAGCGACAAAGUGCAGGACGAAAUCCUCGAAGGAAAAAACCUCAUCUGCUUGCUGUAGCUGCUGCCAGUCCAUCCCAGUCGCACUUUUACGGCUUUUGCUAGAACGGACUGCACCGUCCCGUUUGUGGCCCACUAUCAUUUGCUGGUACCUACUCUGUUUGGAAGUGAAUGUUUCGGUUAUUUUUUUAGUGAAUGGCUGUGGAGCUCACAUUUGAAGUAGUUGCUCGUAAGCGUGAAAAGCUGCCAUCAUUUUUCCUGUGUUCUUCAGAGGAUUCAACCAGCAAUGCCGUAUUUUUGCGCACAUAACUCCCGCCCAUGCAUAUAACAUACAAGUAGUUACGACUCUCAGACUGCUUCUUUUAUCUUAAUUCGCAGACAUAAAUUAUGUAAAUACAGUCGAAUCUCGUUAAUUCGAACUGCCGGUUUAUUCGAACUGACGCUCUGGUCCCGUCAAAGUUAUGUGUAUUUCAAUGGGCGAAAACGCUCGGUAAUUCGAACGCGAAAGCAUCUGCGAGGGUUAAUUCGAACAUACCGCGGACCGACAAUGCUCUCAGCAGCGCGCCGAAUAACGCGGCGGCGUCCUGCUCCGACACCCCAUAGAGCAAAAGCUUAAGAGAGACCCCUUCAUGCAGCGGCGGAG